AUGGAACCCCGCCCCGUGACGGCGGAACCGUCUAACAAACGGCCGCGAUCACCUGGGGGCGAUCAAUUACAGGCCCAUCAAACGAAGAUGGCAAAGACGCACUCCAACCAUCUUCAGAUCAACUACCUUGCGCGCCAAUACCCGGAUAAUCUACCCUUGGUGUCGCCAGAGGACACCAUGCCCGCAAUCAUUCACUUGAUCGGAGAGUACGACGGAGUUCUCCAUCGCCAUGAGAGUAUUGCGGGAAACUUGGGCGCAUGCCCGUUGGGUCCAAUUCUGAUCAAGCGCUUUGAGCGCCUCUUUGAUGGCCCGCCGCGGGUGCUCAAAUCGCACGGUAAGGACGGUCCUACCGUCACCUGGCUGGACGUGGUCGAGUUCGCCAAGACCAAGCCGGAACAAUUCAAUCUGGAGAAAUCGCGCAACGGCGUGCGAGUGUGCCAGUUUUACACCAAACAAUGCCGCGUCGAGAUCAGCGAGGAAGACUUUGUGCUCAUCGCCUCGGGCAUGCCUCAGAAGAUGAUCCCUCCGCAGCCCAUUAUCGAAGAUGAGGAAAAGGAGCUUGGCGCGCUGGAGAUUCUGGAGAAGAAUUUGCAACAGAUCAUUCAGAUGGCCGACCAGGUCUCCGCGCGAGCCCGACAACUGAGCUAUCGCUUGAAGAAUCGCCGUACCGCCAUUGUGAGUCGUCGCGAAAACGACGCCUCCCUCAAGGAGCAGAACCGUGCUGCUACCGCUGCGACUGCCGAUAUUUGGCAAGAAAUGAACAGCCAUGCCUCCCGCAAUGGACAGGUCAUUGCUUCCCCGCCGGGAUUCGUUGCGGUGAAUUCGCACCGCGCGGAUGGCGACUCGGGUGAGGGGGCCGUUCCGUCACAGUUCAUGUUCCCCCAAGCCAACACAGAAAAUGUCACCAUCAUCAACGGAACCUCGAUCAAGGGUGCGUCUCCCACCACCCGAGCCGAUUUGAUGAAGAAAUUUUUCACCACGGCAGAUCGCCAGGCUCGUGGGUACGAUGAAGUGACCGGCACAACCAAUCCCAUUCAGCCUCGCCCUCGUCCUCAGGCUCAGAUCUCCGAUCCCGCUGAGUACAGUAUCUGGAACGGGAAGCCUCAGCCUCAAAUUGGCAGUCCUGGUGGGAACCACAGCGUCCACAAUGGUAGCAACAAUGUCACAACGACUAGCUCUACCCCGGUGGCUAUCCCUGGAACCCCCUCCUCCCUGCUGCCCCCUCCAAAGGCCACCACGCACGAUAAGGAUGACGGAGGGCCCUAUAAAUUGGAAAUGGUCGCGCGCAUGGAGGAGCUGCAGCGGGGUGAACGAAUCAGCCCACCCUGUGAUCGGUGCCGCCGACUGCACAUGGACUGUCUCAAAAACCUGACUGCCUGCAUGGGAUGCACAAAGAAACACGCCAAAUGCUCCUGGCGAGACGUCAAAGAGGAGGAGAUUCGCGCUCCGUGGGGUCCGCAUGGAGCCCGCGAGCCUCGGGACAGUCGAGAAGUGCACGACCGCAUGGAAGAUGGUCGUCUUCCGCCGUUGAAUCUCCCAGGCCUCGCGCCGGCCUCUGGCGCACCACUUUCGGCCGAACGAGAGCGCUACGGGCCUGCCGAUCGCUCUGCACGGCCUUCCGAGACCCCGAGUGACCCAUCGUAUGCGCCGCUCAGUCGUCGCGAGUCCGCGCCUGGCGCGCCCCAGGUCGCCAUGGGACCGGGAUCUAAUGUCACUGCUGGCCCAGCGGGCCUUGAAAAGUCGCCUCGUCGCGCUCUGAGUGAAACGGAAGGCGCUCGCCGCGAACAUCAUCCUCUUCCUACUCACCAACAUCAUCAUCACCAUCAGCAACAGCAGCAUCAUUCCUCUCGGCAUGCGGAGCGACAUGCUGACGAUGACGACCCAGAUGCGAAUCAGCGUUUGAUGCAAGCCAUUCUCGACACCGUGGACCACCAUGCACGAGUGGCCGCUGCUGUUCAAGAGAAGGAGCGCGACGCCGAGCGUGCCGGUGACACACAAUUCCAUGGUCAUCGAGCCGGAAAUAGCGAACGAGAGCGCGAGCGCGAGCGCGACCAUGAACGCGAGCAUGAACGGGACCGAGACCCAGAUCAUGAGCGCCGCACGGUUCAGGCUUAA